AUGGGUGACAAGGGAGGAGGAGACAACCAUUCAGAAGUGACUGACUUCAUUCUUGUAGGCAUCAGGGUCCGUCCAGAGCUCCACAAUCUCCUCUUUCUACUAUUCCUGAUUAUUUAUGGGAUGGUUCUCCUGGGGAACCUUAGCAUGAUUGGCAUCAUUGUGACCGAUCCCCGGCUGAACACACCAAUGUAUUUCUUCCUAGGCAACCUCUCCGUCAUUGACCUCUCCUACUCCACUGUUAUUGUACCCAAAGCCAUGGCCAACAUCCUGUCUCAGAAAAAGACCAUAUCCUUUGCAGGUUGUGUGGCUCAGCUGUUCCUUUAUGCACUCUUCAUGGUCACAGAGGCCUUUGUCCUGGCAGCCAUGGCCUAUGACCGCUUCAUUGCCAUCUGCAACCCUCUUCUUUACAGUGUCCGCAUGUCAAGAAGUGUCUGCAUCCAGUUGGUGGCUGGUUCCUAUCUCUGUGGCUGGGUCAGUUCCAUCCUUCAAAUCAGCGUAACCUUCUCCAUGUCUUUCUGUGCCUCGCGAGUGAUUGAUCAUUUCUACUGUGAUUCAAACCCGAUUGAAAAGAUCUCCUGCUCUAAUACAUUUACCAACAAGAUGGUGUCAUUUAGUCUGGCUGUCCUCAUUAUCUUACCCACCAUAGUUGUCAUUGUAGUCUCUUACAUGUACAUCGUGUCCACUGUCUUGAAGAUCCCCUCAAGUGAAGGGAGAAAGAAAGCCUUCUCCACCUGCACCUCCCAUCUGGGGGUAGUCAGUUUGCUCUAUGGGACGGUCUCCUUUGUGUAUCUCACACCUCCAAAUAACCCUGAGCUUCGUAAAGUGGCUUCAGUCUGUUACAUUUUGUUCACACCUAUGCUGAAUCCCUUAAUCUACUCUCUGAGAAAUAAGGAUGUCAAAGAUGCCAUGAAAAGAGUCCUAUGGAAGAAAAAACUUUCAUUCUAAAUCUGCUUCCGCUUGCUUUAUGAUUUCUUGCAUGAACUGAAUUUUGUCUGCCUGAUCUCGAUAGGCAUUUGAAAUUCAAGUGUAUUUAAAAAAAGAAACGAGACAUCCUCAACUGUUCUAUCCCACGGCAUUAAACAUUUCCUGAAAAGAAUGCUUCACAUAAAUUACUGACUCUUCCUCAAGGCAAUAUUUACAUCUGAAUACUCAGGACAUUUAUGAAAAUCUGCUGCAUUUUUAAUAACAGUUACAUAUCUCUUAACCACCAGGUAAUAAUAUGUUAUGUGACUGAGGACAAAUAGUAUUUUAUUGUUUUUCUUUCCUGUAUACUGAAGUAAAAUUUAGACAGAAAAUAUUCUAUGAAGUGAUUAGUUUGAAAACUGCGUGUCCCAUCUGGUUUAUAUGAAAAUGAUUCUGGAUAUAAUAAUAGUGCUGUGUUUUGGUUUUGAUGGCAUGCCGAAGAUGUUAGAGCAUGUGUGCAUGAGGAAGAGGAAGUGGAAAGAAAAAUUAAUGAGAAUACGCUGUUUAAUUAAAGAAGAAACAUGGAAAUUGACUUUGGUUUGGUUUAAAUCAAGACAUUUUCUAUAGUGUUCUCUGAAUGGAAUAGUCACCUCUGCUUUACUCUAGUAUAAUGAAAACGUCUAAUGGUGUUUAUAGUGUUUUUCA